CCGUCGUCGGAUUUUUGAUAUUUCUCACCACUUUCGUUUACCGUGACCAUUGGCUGCAAGCCAAGUAUCCAAACAUGGCCCUCCCGACAUUCAGAUCACUUGCUGCCCGGAGACAAAGGAAGAAAGAGGAGCAACCAACAGGAGUAACUGGUGCAGAAAAUAAUUCAGAACGAACCCUGACACCAAAUGGAACAUAUAUACCCGGCAUUAACGUCAAACUCGCAACCAAAACAAGAAAAAACUGGAUUCUCCUCUCCAGCCACUUCUUCUUCAUCUCCGUCAUAUUCCUAAUUCUCGUCGAGAUCGGGAAUAUCAAUGAUAAGGCGGUAAUCCGCAAUACCUAUUUCUUCACUCUCAACCUCACGAACAUUAUUCCUUCCUCAGCAGGAGACAUCACGCUCGUCAACUCCCUUGCGCGCUCACUGGGCCUGCACGACUUCUACCAAGUCGGCCUCUGGAACUUCUGCGAAGGCUACAACGACGAAGGGAUAACGUACUGCUCGCCCACACAAACCCUGUACUGGUUCAACCCCAUCGAGAUCCUGCUCAACGAACUGCUGGCCGGCGCUACCAUCGCUUUACCAGCUGAGAUCAACAACAUUUUGAACCUGAUCAAGAUUGCGAGCCAUCUUAUGUUUGGCUUCUUCUUGACUGGCGUGUGUAUGAAUUUCGUCAAUAUCUUUCUGGCUCCGAUUGUACUGUAUUCGAGAUGGUGGUCCUUCCCCUUCGCCAUCUGGACGUUCAUCUCCGCUUUGCUCACUACUGCUGCCACCGUUAUCGCAACGGUUAUGUUCGUUAUCUUCAAGAACGUCAUUACAAGUCAACAGGGCUUGAACAUCGGUGCGGGGCUUGGGACGCAGAUGUUUGUGUUCAUGUGGAUCGCUACAGCGUUCAGCAUUUUUGCGUGGCUGAUUCAUGUGAGCUUGGCGUGCUGUUGUGCGAGUCGCAGGGAUGUGAAGACGGGAAGGAGAAAAGGGAGGAAGAGUGCAUAUGGCGAUGUGGGGAGUGACGAAAAGAAGAGGCCGGUUGCUGGCGGGAGACGAUGGGCGAAGAUGCCGAGAUUUGGGAGAGGGUGACUGCUGGGCAGGCGGUUUAGGGGGUGAGGUUAUGGUAUGAGGUUGUGGUAUGAGGUGAGGUGGAAUGUGUGUAUGAUGAUUUGUAAAAUAGAAUUGGGUGUGGCGUGCAUGGAAGGCGUUUUGAGAUGGAGGUUAUCUUUGAGCAUUUGAGCGGUAGUUAAGAGGGGGAAAUGCGUCAAUGUUUGAUGUGUAUAUGUUUGAAACAAGGAACCGAUCAAAACACCCAUAUUUCUUGUCACAUCGAUUCCCGUAUGGACGUACUUCACCCCAUAUUUCCCACUGCAGGUGGAGGGUAGAGUGGUGGGUAAGUUGGGAUAUACGGAUCCUGCCUCCUCAGGUGAAGUCAAAUCCAAACUCACUGCGAGAGCCAAAUGGCUGGUGAUGGUCAAUGUAGAUCUCCCUCUAAUUCCUAAUUGAUCAGGGCACCAUGGAGUCAUUUAUCGAACAUUUGUCUCGCAUAAUGUUCUCCAGCUUCGACUUC